AGCAUCUGCCUUUGCAGUUGCCAGUACGCGUCGUCAUCUAUGUGGACAAAGCUGACAAGACAGAAUCUUCCACCGUCCAAGGAUCUGCCUCUGCAGUUGCCAUCUACCCCCCACUCAACCGGCAUGGAUACAUCAAGUCACGGACAUGACCUCAACCCGCAAGCUGAACAACCCGGUAAAGUUCAGCGCUGCUGUGGAUGGAACUGUGACCGUCGGCGUUCAACAUGGCCACUUUUCGGUCAACACCAAAAGCGAUCGGUCAUCUGGCUGGAACACGGCGAAAUGCCAGCGUGCCAUCGCCGUCGCCCGAAACGGCCCAAAUUACAGCAAAAAAAUCGACAAGCGCGAUGACGCCGUCGUUCCUUUCGCAUUACGCCAACUGCAUGACACUAUCUUGGAUGAGGCGACUCUUGG